UGCAAACUCAUCUGUAGUGGCCUUCCUUGCCUCAAAUUCUGUGAAAUUCGUUGUUCAUACCCAAGCUUGACUGAAAAGGCUUUUUUUAGUUAGUUGUCUUCUGGUAAGCCAAUAUUUAAUAUCUGUCACUACCUUUCGAUGUCUAUUAUAAUAUGAUUAAAGCGGGGUCAGAGUGAAAGAAGGCUUUGUUUUAUACAUAGCUGAAGGCAGUGGGGCAACUUUCCUUUUCUCUUCACAGGGCUAAAAAACUUGAAUUUCAGCUUGUCAUUUGAGCAAGCAGCUCUUACAUUUUUCUUGCCCAGGGCCACUUCUUCCUCGUCGUAUUUAACCCUUUGAAUGCCAACCCAAACACACCUUAGCAACCGGCAACCAUAUUUGAUUUUUUCACAAAAAUGUAUUUUUGGCAAUGUAAGAACUUUAACACUUUAUAACUUUGUUUAGUUGUAUAUGUUGCCUUAAACUAGUAAAUACAGUAAAAAUGUAAGUGAUCUGGCAAGGUACUCACAACUAUAUCAUGUCAGCUACUUUAAAUACGUCACAACACAACAUCAACUUGUGAUGUAUAACUGUUGAUAACUUCCUUAAAUAACAUUCAGGUCAGCACUUAACAUUAUUCCUUCUCAGACCCUUUCAAACAACCACGGACAAAAACGCGGAGCAACCGAAACGUCCUCAGUAGCAGAAACAUACCUUUGAGGACAUAUAUGAUAUAUAUGCGUCCUUGUCAUUCAAAGGGUUAAUGAUUAGGUUAGAAGAUGACAUGCUUGGGCCCUUGCCCUUUGGGCAUGUGAAUUUUAAAAGUAACAUGCCCAGCAAGAAAAUCUACUUGUCCCUGAUGACUGGACAGGACUUAUUUUCAGCCCUGUCUACAUGCUUAUUUGAGGGAGGGUGCUUUUUGAAGAAAAAAAAGUGCAGUAUGCAACUUUGUUAUCAGGCAAGGGGGACGUUAAUAUCAAUGCAGAAUAAGGAGUGAAUUUUUUAUUGUUGAGAAUGUUAAUAAUCUCAAAAUUAUAACUUUUUCCAUAUGAUACUAUUUUAUUAAGCUCCUGUUUUGUCUUUUUAUUCUUCAGGAAAAAUUGGUGACUGGAGUUUCAGGCCCAAAUUAAUGUUCUCAAAGCGUUUUUGUAUUAUUAGAAUUUGUUGUUUAGAGAAGCCGUUUUAAAAAGAGAUAUCAAAAGAUUUGUAUUGUUUUUCAUUUUGCAAACUGUAUUAAAUAUUUCUGGAGAUGGCAACAGAUACUUGGAAGGUAAGCUUCAAGUUACCUGUACAUGGUGAUUUCAUAAAGAUCAUGGAAAAUAACUACCAUAUGCAUUUUGUUUACUGUAGGUAAAUGACAUCAAUUAGUCAAUCAAUCAUCUUUAUUUUAACACAACAUUUUGUGAGCCUAAAAUAGACACAUACAAAUACACGUAUGUAUCAGUAUCUACCACAGAGAAAUUAAUAAAAUUUAAAAACUUCAGAAUAUUGAAAACAGACAAGGGGACAGAGAUAAUUUAAAGAAUUAUUGUCCUUUGGUCCAGCUGUACUGACAUUAUUUUUAGUAGCUCAGAACAGGCCUAUUUUCACCAGCAUUAAACUUUCCCUCAAGAAAGGUUUCUUGCCCUUUGGGCAACUUGUAAUAAAAAACAUUCUUGCCCUGCAGACUGCCUAUCUGGGGUUAUUUGAAACUACUUUUGGUGGUACAUUUAUCUCUACCUCACAAUGGCCACUUUUUUCGGCAGACAGUCCAUUUGUUGACUCUUAUUUAAGCCUUCAAGUCCCAGUAGUGACCAACAUCAAUUUUCUCCUAACGAUAUCCACACGAUGUCAAGAGAUUAGGUUAUGAGAAUUAAUUAAAUGAUCACCAAAGAGAAAAUGCUUUGAUCUUUUCUCAAAUUCUCUCAACUUAUUCUUUAAAGAAAUGUAUAGAGAUCAGUUUGGAGAAUUUGCUAGUGGAUAUUGGGGCUUAAAGGGUUAAACCUCUCUACAAUGGCCAGUUUCUUCUGUUCUCAAGGUGGCUGUUGUUGAGAGGUUGAUAUGUUUGAUUAGAGCAAAAUCCACAUCUUAAGAAACAUGAUGACUAUAUUGAUAUUUUCCAAAUUACGUCUGCUCUGAAAACUUGUAAAUAGAACUGACGUUAGUUGCUUCAUUCAAACUUGCUGAAACUGAACUUGUAAUGUAUCUUCACUUAUGCAAAUUACCAAAUUUCUCUAAGUAAUUAAGUCUCCUUUAGUAAAUUUUUAGUAAAUUUAUAUUGAUUAUUCUCAUUGUAAUUUACAUUUGUGUCUCUGUGUGUGUGUGGCUGUUUGGCCCAGAUUAGCAAAUGUUACUUGCGGACCAGUCUCUUUGUCUUGUAUAUUUGUAAUUAUUAAUUAUUUAUUCCAAUAAGGUUGAGAAGUUGAAGUUUAAGAGUUUCAACACUCAUCCUAGCCCAGUGUAAUUUUCUGAAGCUUGACAACAAAAUUAUUUAGAUCGGGAACCUCCCAAACUUAAAAGGGUUGUUAGCUUCAGGUUAGCAUCCUGAAUAAGAGUAGAUAUAUGUACUGUUGUUGCAGGGUUCUGAUCGUCGAGAUCGCACAAGGACAAGUCCAUAUGACUUAAGUGGGCGUGAUUAUUACAUUGGCAAUCAUAACAGAGGGAGAGCAUUUUCCUAUGAUGGAAAUUCUUUCUCCAGUCAUUCUGGGUAAGUUUUUAUCCUAGAUGUAUGCCUAAGCUGAAAACACUGUACAUUAUGCAGAUUUUUUUUUUGGUGGAAGCGGGGGGGGGGGUGGGGGAGGGGGUUAGCUUUUUUGAAACAAUGUUUUGCUCUUAAAUUUUUCUGUAGGUUUUAUAAUUGUUAUAUCAUUGUUAGGAUUCAAGCAUGCAAGAGGUUCUGAUACAUCUUCAUGUAGAUUCCCCCUAUGUGUUUUUCCUAUAUCUACAGAACAUUUAUAUACUUGUACAGUAUACAUAAUAAUGUGCAUAGUGUGAUUAAAUACAGUUUAAAAGAGUUAACCACAAGUAGCUUUAGUCUAGUGCCAUGAUUUCAUGUGCCCUUAGACCAAAGUGUACUGUAGCAUUUAGCAACUUUCAGUGUGUGUUUCAUGACCGUUAGUAUUUUUUCCCAUGAGUGUGCUUGCAGGGCUCUUCUUGUCAUAGACAGUCAUCCUCUUUCUUCCUUCACUAUUACCACUGUUUAUGAGUGUGAUGGGUGCUUGCUAGUGCUGCCCCGAUGGUAGUCUUCAUCUAGAAGCUGGCUACUAGUAGUACAAAUUUCUGGAUGUCUCAGGCAUCCAACCUCUGUUUUUCUAAGCAGAUGUUAUCGUCAAAAUUUACUUUGUGUGUUACUUUUGCCCUCAGAUCCAGAGAAACUGGUGUAGUAGAGAAACUCUUGGUAAGAAAAGUCACCACAUGUACAUUUUUGAUAACUUUGUCAGAUAACUAAGUAUUCUCUUGCAUACUAUGUACAUGUACUCAUGUUUUAGUUUGCCAUUGAUUCAAUGUUUGAAACAAGAAAGGAAUAAAAAUAAUUUAAAUGUGGCUAAAUGUACUUUAGGCAAAGUCAACCUCACAGCAAUGCUGGUCAGCAGUUUUUCCAACAGUGUUGGGGGUGGCCAGCCCGAUGCUUUUAGCAGGGGCACCUUGUGACUUGUAUCAGCAAUUGCUUGCUUGCAGUUCUUCGCAAAGUGUGUGCGCUAAAGCCUUGUAGCUUGCUUGCCAAUUUUUGUGCAGUGUCUUUUUCCAGCCCUCCCUCCCUCUUUAGUUCAGGGUCAGGUAAGGGAAAAAAACUUAUUGGUUGGUAAGGAUUCCACUGACCAGAUUGUGACGGUGCCUGGUGGGGGCCCCUCGCAGGGUUGCCAUGGUUUAUACCUCCUUCCUUGUGCUAGAGCAUUGCCUGGCUCCGCCAACUUUGGAGGCACCAGUGCCCAAGCUCAUCUGUUGGUGAUAAGUUUAACCACAACAUAUGUUCACUGUACUUGUACAGUGGAGCCCUUUGUUAUGUUGUUAAAAUCAGUGUUGAAAUUAAGUGUUAAGAAAAUCACCAACAUAUUUUUAGGCUGCCAGCAAAAUUGCUGGCUGUGAGAAUUUGUGUGUGAGCUAAUUGUCAGGUCAACAAUGCCAUGGAUAUUGGGAGUGUACAUUUAUUCAGAAUCCUUUGCUUAGGGCUAGAUUAAAUUUAAAAAAUUGCUUGCCCUUUAGCUGAUGUUUGCUGCAUGUGGCCCGAAACAGUUGCACAGAACUACCAAUCCCCCUUAUUAUUAAUUACUUUAUUACACAAAUGUUGCUUGCCCUUUGCCAAGCUUGUAAUCAAAACAUUCCAGUCUGACAGCUUGCUGCCCUUGCCCGGGGCUAUUGGACAGCACUCUUGCAUUGCACUGUACAAUGUAUAUCGUAGUCCAUUAACUAAUUUUGUUGGUUCAUUGUUGCAGCCCACAUAUGGCUUUAUUCAGUGUUGUGAGAGAGACCUGCGGAUUUUCUUCCAUUAUAGUCAAAUUAAUGAAGACCCUGAGGACCUGAAUAUUGGAGGUAAGGACAUUUAUGUUUUGUUUGCUUCACAUAAUAAUGUAGUCUAGUCUUACCUGAACUUUUGAAAGGUUGUUUAUAUCUACAUAUAUAGCAUUGAAAUAAAUUCUUGUCUUCACCCUAAAACAGCCCAUCAGUCAGGGCUGUAGCGCUUAUACUGAGUGUAGGCUUCUCUGCACUUCCCUGUGGCUCUUUGGCUCUAUUUUUUUCUUAAACUGGGGUUUUAAUACUGUCUUUGAACUGAAAAAAAUAAUGAUGAAAGAGUAGUUAUGUACAUUUGUAAUGAGCCUUUUUCUGCUGUUUGACUUUGUUAGAUGAAAUGGAGUUUGAGAUUUCUUCAGAUCAAAGAACAGGCAAACCAAUUGCCUGUCGUGUGGUGAGGCUUGAAGCUGGAUCUGUGUCCUUCGAGGUAUGUCAUUGGUAUCAACUAAUAAUUAUUUACAGCACUUUUCCUUUAGUUAAAGCAUGAAUGAAAAUAUUUCACUCCCAAAAGUUCAGGAGUUCAAAAAUUUUAGAAAUGAAUUUAAUUUUAUGUUGCAUGCUGAAGAAAAUGUCACUCUGUAGUAUUUUCCCGAUCUGAUGCAAGGUUAGAAGUAAGAAAUAUUUUACAUGUCUUCACUUUUGACUUUAUAAUUGACAGAUUAAAAGAGUAAUUUUUGAAAUAAAAUCAUUAUAGCUAACAACAUUCUCUAGGAAAUUGCCCAUAUCACCCCUUUUGGUCAGAAUGUUUGGCAUCUAUUUUUGCUAGUUUUGUAAUGCUCCACACAGCCUGCCAGCGGAGCCUUUCCUUCACUUGUUUGAUUCCGGCCUACUCUUUGAAAGGCUGUGCGUGAAUCAAGUAAAAUCUUAGCUGAGUAUGAGCUACUCAUUGCUGGAAUAAAGUUUUGAACCCAGGCCUGAUAUACAGCAGUGUGCUUGAUAAAGCGAGCACAGUUAUGACCAUUGAUUUAGCAAUAACUGCUGUUGGCACUCGGAAAACCAGUUUUAAUGAGAAAGAACAAGAUUGACUAAUCUAGAACCUCAGAAUUCAAAGGUUUGAUGCAAUAGACCAUUUUACAGUUGUGGCCAUAGUAUCCUAGCCUUUGACUGGACAUGAGGCUAAGGUUGACCUUUUUUGAAUCCAAACCUCUUUCUUUUUCUUAUGGAAAUUAUUCAUAGAAAAUACUAGUCAGCAUAAGAACAACCUUAUUUAAAUAAUAGAGUGUGAGGGUUUGUAUCAAAACAAGGUCAACUCCAACCUUUUUUUCACUUAUAACUGUAAAAUAGUUUAUUUAGGGAGUGCCUCCUUUUCAGCUCCUUUGCUCAAAAAGUCAAAAGUAGGUUCUGCUCGCUUUGUGUACCACUCAAUGUAAUGGUUAAUGGCUUUCAUUUUCCUUUAUAUCCAUUCAUCAUCAUCAUUGUUUGGAUUUAGAUUCGAAGUGAAGACAAAGUGGUUGGAAUCAUAGAUGCUGAACCUAAACUAUCAUAUAAGAACCAUGUUAAAUCUGUGAGUAUGAUAUUAUGUGAUUAUAUAAAUAUUUUGCUUCACUAUCACAUAGUUGAUAUUAAGUGAAUAAAAGACAAUUUUUAUUUUGCCAUAAACUUUUACCUUUCUUGCUUGUGGAACAUACUGUAUUCUUUGUGUUUGUUUUUUUCUUUAUUUGUUUCUUUUUAUUACAGCCUUCAAACGGAUUUAUUGAUCCUGAAAUGGGUAGAGUCAGCUAUGAGAGAAAUGGGGUAAGUAGAAUCACUAGGAACUUACAUUUCUGUGUAAAUCUGAAAAUUGUAUUUGGAAUCACAGCAAACAGCUGCUUAAUGGAUUUGGCAUCUUUCUGACCAUCAGAAAUUAGCACAAUUUUUGUUAGAUAAGUUUUUUGAGACGUCCAGUAGCACAGUCUCCUCUGUAUACAUACACGCACACCUUAUUCCAAAAUGGCGGCAAUACUACUUUCCUUUCAUGGUUACGUUAAUUAGCCCUCUUUGCCUUGAUUGCACCUGCUGAAUUCAAAAUGUGUUUUACUUGGAAAGGAUGCAAUGUAACAAAAAAAAAAGAAUACAAUGUAACAAAGUUGACCACUGUAUGCUCACAAUGACACCAUUUUGUGUCCUAAAUUCAGAUUGCUUCUCAAAGUAUAUGAUACCAACUACUUAGGAACAAUAAAAAUGUACAUUGUAUUGCAAUGCUGUCAAAUUCACUGAUUGUUGGUAGUGCUACAAAGGCUUUAUUUUGUUUAUCACGAUGUUGAUUGCAAGUCAUUUAAAGUUCAAUUUUCUUUUUCCAGGAAUAUUUCUAUCUAUCAUUCUCCCCAAGUGAUGUUUGUACUUCUGGUACUCCCCUGCACAAGGGAGAUAAAGUUGAAUUUUAUGUAGCUACAGACAAGAGGUAAUGAUAAAAUUGGUUUUGUCAGGUUUUGUCAGGUUUUGUCAAGUGAUAAGUUCUUUUCAUGAGAACCAUAGAGAUUGCAUGGGGACCAGUAUGUGAGAAAUGUGAGAGUUGAAAGGGUUAAACGUUAAGCUUGACUCUGUACCUUUAGCCUGCAUCGCAGAUGUAGUCUGUGCAGGCUUGUGUACCAUCUGCCCACCAAAAGUUUGUUCAUGCAGCUCAAACAAAACUGAACUAUACUCAUACUCUUACAGUUGUAUUUAAAAGCUUUCUGUGCUGGAAUGUUCUUCAUUUCUUUCUUUUCUUUCAUCUUUGUUUGCUUACAAAUAAUUUUCCUGAAACCCUAGGAUAGGAUGCACAUCUACUGUAGGCAAAAAUGCGUCUUGAAAAUACAUCAGUGAAGCAACUUUAGAUUUUUUAAAACAAUGCUGUAAAUACUUGCAGUAGAUAUUUGUUGUUUUUGAAAAUGGUAUCUGAUUGAGGAGUACUCUAACAUUUUCUGUGUUUAAUAGAACAGGGGUUGUCAGAGCUCGUGAGUUAGCCCUUUUGGAAGCAGCAGAAACUGAAAAGUGCCAGGUAAACAAAGAAAAAUAAUAAUAAAUGAUACAAGUAACAUGUGAGUAGAGUGCCACAAAAUAUACUGUACAUGCACAGACCAGUACAUUUGUAUGACUCAGGGUCGGCAAAAAACCCUGUCUGGUAGUCCUGAACAAGUAGCAGAAAUAAAUUUACAAAAAUGUAACUAAUUUUUUUUAAAAGAUACUUUAUUUAUUCAGUUCUAAAACUAUAUACAUAAUUAUUAUUCUAAAACACUAAUAAAAGCUGACAAACACUAACACAAAACAAACAGUAUACUCAUAGAGAAUGAAAAUAAAACACUACAUUCACUGUACAAACUAAUUAACAAAAGUCUGUAGAGCCUGCUUAAAACCCUGAACAGCCCGGAUACUUCUGUUAGCUAAAGGAAGAGUGUUCCAUGGUGAGGGGCCAAUGUAAGCAAAGGGCUUGUCCUUAAGGGUUGUGCACUUUGUUUUAGGGACUGGUAUAAGAUCUUAAAUUGUAGGAACCACUCUCCAUUCAGUACAACUUUGUGCAUUUGUUGUUUGUAGAUCUUUCAUGAUUAUUAAAGCUGAAAAGUUUUUAUGAUGCACUAGGUUUUAUGCUUCUUAGUGAGCUUAGGCCCAGUUCAGACGUUGCUCCACUCAUGUGCCGAACCUAACUGAUGAAUUAAGUAUGGCAAAAGAGCGGCGUCUGAAUCAAUUUGGUGCGGCAGUUUUAGUUUGGUGCGGCAAAAGCGUAAAGUCCGACAGAGUCUGUUGAACUUUUGUCAAACUUAACUUAGGCUCGACACACGGUGCGCCGUCUGAAUCAGAUGUUGCGCCAGUGUCACUCCAAAGACGAACUUAUUCAAUUAGGUUCGGCACAUGAAAAGUGCGAUGUCUGAACCAGGCCUUACUGUGCUUAACUUUAAAACUAAUUUAAAUUUUAAGCCUUACGUUAAAGUUGUAAACUUUAACUAAUUAACGGGUGACAUUCCUCAAAUCUAGUUUUGUAUGUGUGUGUAUUCAUCACUUAAUAAUAAUAAUAAUAAUAAUAACUUUAUUUAACGAGGGUAAAGACAUUGAUUACUGGUCACCCAGUAGUUUUCAUAAUGGCUCUCACUUGUGUUAUCUUAAGUCCUGUCUCAUUGAUGUUUUUUUCUUUUUCAAGGGAGUUGUUUCAUCAAUGAAAGAGUCAUUUGGAUUCAUUGAGAGGGCAGACAAAGUCAGUGAGGUGAGAUUCUUGAAAGUCACAAUCCAGUUUUCAAUAAAUACAGUUGAACUCCGCUGUACAGACACCUCAUUAUUAUGGAGAGUUUUCCUUGUCCCUGGGGAAAAAGCUCUUACAUUUUUUCUAAAUUAAACCCGCUUAAUAUGGACACCCAUUUAUAUGGACUUUAAUAACAUGAUCUGCUUAAUACGACACCCCGUUAAUAUGGAAACUUACUAUGGAACCUUCAGUAUCCAUAUUAAUAAAUGGGGUUUGUGUGUGCAGGAUGUCUUAAUGUAGUUAAUUAUUUUAUUAGUUAGUCCACCUUAUAAGAACAAAACAGGACUAAUGUUUUUUUGUUUCUUGCAGAUUUUUUUCCACUACAGUGAAUUCAGUGGAAAUGUUAAUGAACUCAUGUUGGGAGAUGAUGUUGAGUUUGGAAUACAAACAAGAAAUGUAUGUGACAGAAACAUACAUGUAUUAGAAUUAAUCUAAUAUAUAGAUUUAGCCAGGGCUAAAAGCGAAGCUCCCAUUAAUAAAUUUAUAUUUUAAAUCAAACAAUAAACUUGUAAUCCACAAAUCAGUUAACUUAAGGGCACAUUCAUGUGACUUUUGAGGGAAAGGAUAAGUUAUUUUAGAGUGAAACAUCUUGCAUCGAGUUGAUAGCCUUAAUAUAUGUACACCCAAAAAAUAGCAAACAUCUUCUAUCACAUUCAAGAGCCAUAAUGGCUCUUGAUCACAGUAGAUUAGGCCUCGAAAACAAAUUCUUGGAAAACAAAUCAGGCCGCAUUGUUUUGCGUUCGACAGGUUUACUUUACAAAUCCUUGCCAACAAAUCUGAGGGUGUGUAAACCAACCUUUUACACUUUUUAUACAUCACAUCUGAGGUGAAACAGUACUUUUUAUCAUACAGACCUCGGACAGGAUACGGCAUUUCACAAUUUUUCAAUGUCCAGGACGAUCAAUCGUGGGCUUUUAGCGAAACCGUUAAAAAAAUUUCCAAAAUCACCCAUACGGCCAGCCGGUUCUCAUUUCUAGUGCGAGCUGUCAGUGUCGUCGAGUGUUUGAAUGAACUUUAAUGGAGAUACGCUUCAACAUAAUAACGAAUUUAUUAUCAUCACUUUUUGUUAUUUAAUGGUUCCAGUUAUAACGAUGUGUAAUGUUAUAAAGCGUUUGAUACGCGCGACAUUUCUAAGUACUCCUGCAAGCGAUGUUCAUGAACGAUGAAAACAAACCCCACGGACAAGCGAUUAAAAUUGCAAGAGAGACUACUAACAAUCAAUAAAAGAAAUAUAAUUCGGUAAAACAUUUACAGAGACAACAAUUUUCAUUCACGAAGACAAGUAUUAACGUGUCUCUAAAAAUCCUGAGUCUUUAAGCUUAAAGCUUAAGCUUAAGUUUAUUUUGUUUUACUUUCAGCCGGCCUCCCGGUGUUUGUUUUGUUUUUCAAAGAUGAACUCCUCGAAGCAAGAAAAUCACUCAAAGUUUUAUUUCUACAGCUAAAUUUGUAACUAAAUAUUCUUCGGAACGUUUUUUUUUCUAUUUGUCGUGAGAAAAAAAAUCUGAAGGCCUUUUAAAGUUCUGUAAGCUUAUAUACUAGAUCAGAUCAUUGACUCAAAUCUUAACAAACGUGCAAAAACUUGCCGCAUAAACUGUGCUCGACUUCAUGAAAUUAGAUAUAACAAAAACAAACAUCAAAUACAAUAAUUACUCAGGCUUACCAUUCGAGAUUCAGUUCCUGAAAGAUAUCAAGGAAGGCCAUAGUUGCUUGAGACUUUUAAACCCUCUUACGCAUUGAGCAAGGUGAAAGACGAAAACGAUGCCAUCCGAAAUCGGAUUACCCAAUUUUAACAAGCGACGCAUUUCUCAACCAAAAACCCAAUAAACAAACCAGCCAUGGAUAACAGAAGACUCUUGAUAGCAGCUGUAUUUCAUUUUGUACAUCAAGUGGAAAAAGACAGUUAAAAACAUCACAAGUUGACACAAAACUCUGUCAAAGUAAACAACUUUCAAGAUGCUGCAUAAAUUUUCCGCAUGAACUCACCUGUCAAAUUUUGACCAAUCAGAGUACAAAAAAUUGGACGUGAGCGUGACCAACGUGACCAUGGUAAGAAAAGGUCUUCCCCGCCUUUAUUUUUUAAAAAAGUGGCUGAAUUUUCGCGUCCGAGGUCAGUUUGAAAUCAAAAUCUUGACAGUCUUGGGGCCAUAGUGACAUAAACACAACAUAUUUCAUAUGAAUCAUUGGAAAAAAUAGACUUGAGCCUGCGAUCAUUUGAAACUGGUAAUUUGUCAGCGGAUAACUUCAAAAAAGUACUCGACCUCGAUGGGUCGACACUUGAGCCCGCGGUACGGUCAGGUGACACUUGUCAGCGGAUAUCCUGUUUUGACAGCUGUCAAUUGAUCACAACAUUGAUGUGCAAUUAGUUUUCUCUUGGGCUCCCAAACUAGCAAGAAACUGUCAGAGAAAACAUUGGUUUCCCUGUGGUGCGGACGGACGGUCGGGCGUACGGUCACGUGAUUACCAAAUUUUCUCGGAUGGGUAGAUUACCACAUUUCCUUAGCUAUGGAGCUCCGUCCACACGCGCGCGCUUCGCGCGCGGGUGGAGCUCCGCUAAUAAUUAUCAAAGCAAGUUAUCUCUUUAUAUUAUACGUGUAAAUAAAAUGUGCUUAAGCAAAAUUAAUGCAAUCGGUAAUAAAACACAAUAUUCAAUGAGGAGAACAUUUCUAUAAGAGCUGCAAAUAAUUUUUUUUCUUGAAAGGACAUACAUUGCAAUUAUGUCCUGCUAAGUCUGACACCAUUUUUGUCAAGCAAAACAAAAAUGUGGUUGAUUCAAUCAAGGAAGCCUUAAGCGUCCUAAAUGAAAAUAUUGCAUGGUAGGUGAAGGAUUUGGAAGUAAACUGAUUACUGCUGCCUAUUCACUGCAACCAAAAAUGAUAAUUCUUGGUGUUAGCUUUUUUUGGAUCUCAUGUCCAACUGCUGUUAUGAUUAACUUGUUUAUGAGUCAGUUGUAGUCAAUUAUUGUCCAGUGAUUAUUUCAUCUCUGUCUUUAUGAAUUGUGUUCAUCAUCAUUAUCUAUUUAUUUUUUGAUCAAUGACUUUACCACACACUUGUAAAUAGUUAGGAGUUGUGGACAACGAAAGGUGAACAUCAGUUGAAUUACAGAUUGUUUUAUUUUACACUGUCCCCUAAAAAUAUCUAUAAAAAUUUAAAAAGUUGCUCUUGUCAAAAAUAACGUUAACUGUCUUGCAGGGUAAGGAAGUUGCUGUACGUGUGGAAAAGUUACCUGAAGGCACAGUGAAAUUUGAAGAUGUCAGCAGUGUUAGAUAUCAGGGAACUGUGGACCGGCCCUUGAGUAAAUCUGCCGCAAAGAGGCAGCAUGAUCCAUUACAUGGAAAAAUUGUCUACACACUGCCUGAUAAUGAAGAUAUCGAGGAGGAGAUUGUUUUCUCUGAGAGAGACUUGCAAGGAGACUUCUCCUUGAGGGCUGGAGACUUGGUGGAAUUCAAUAUUGCAGUAGGUGGGUUAUAAACUCCUGGGACCCAUGUCUCAAAAUAGUUAUUUUAAGCAAUGUUAUCAUUGCAGUUGUGGGUGAUUAGCCAUAGUUUGGGAAAAUGUUGAAUCUAUACUUAUGGUUUUGUUUUUUAGCUUCGCACUAGCCCUCCUUACCUCUUAAACGCCCAUGGGUGGUAUUUUUUUUUUAACAUAAUAUGAAGUUGGUUUUUGCACAUCAGACUCAAUAGCUGCUGGAUUAGUCUACAGUAACUGUUGUAUCACUUUGUUGAUUCAUUAGUUUGUGGUUAAAAAUGAUACAUUUUUUGCCAGUAAAUGUCUUGCUAUUGUACAUUAUGGGUUCUCUGACAAUUUUUUUUUCUGUCUUAUUAUUUAGAUCGCCGUGACUCACUUAAAAGAGCUGCAAAUAUCAGCUUGGUUGACGUAGCAGAAGCAGAUGAAGGAGAAAUUAGAGAAAUGGUACUUACUUAAAAGUUAAUUUAGUCCGUGAUUAUUAAAUUUUCCAUCGAUUUACAGGUAAUGGUCCAAGAUUUCUUACUAUUUCUAUACUAUUGACCACAUGUUGGAUGUGUGUAUUCCUAGGGUGUUGUCGUGUCAUUAAAGGAAGGAUUUGGUUUUAUAAAAUGCUGUGACAGAGAUGCUCGGAUGUUCUUCCACUACAGUGAACUUCUUGACUCCGUAAGUGACAAGCUCUGAUAUUAAUAUUUUGCCACUGACUGUUGAAUUGUAGUAUAGAUUUAGCCAAGGUUAAAGGCAAAGCCCCUGUAAAUAAGUAUAUAAUUUACUUCAAACAAUAAACUUGUUAUCAUAUUUGCAAAGAAAUCCACCUGGAAUUGAGCCUGCGAUCAGCUGAAAACUAGUAACUUGUCGGCGGAGAACUUAAAAAAAAGCGUAACCUCGAUGGGUCAACACUGGAGCCCGCAACAUGGUCAUGUGAUACUGGUCAGAAGAUACCGUGAUUUGACAGCUGACAAUUUAUUGACCGCAACAAGGAUGUGCAAUAUCAUGUUGCAAGGUCCAACACUGGCUAGAAAGUGUGACAUUUCACCUUGGUUUCCCUGUGGGCUGACAGAUGGAUGUACAGUCAUGUGACUACCAAAAUUUCUCAGAUGGAUAGAUAACCAAAUUUUCUUAGCUAUGGGGCUCCUCUUGCAUGCAUGGCACUCUGCGAUAACAAGCAUUUAAGAUAUCGGUAAUGAGUGUUGUGGGUUUGUAUUUGUGGCUACAGGUAAUUAUAGGGCCUGGUAUUUGCUUAAUGGCUUUAACAUUAUUUUUCAAACCCAGACCAAGGUGUAAGUGUUUUUUUCUUUUGACAAGACAUACACUGUAUAUUUAACCAUGAGUCUAUGUAAUGUUUGUCUCUCCCAUGGCCUACAUUGUUGCCAGAAUAGUAAUUGUUUUCCCAAGAAAGUCUUCCUUAUUUGAAAUCGUUAAGAUUUCUAUAUAAUCUUACUGGUUGUUUUACAUCAAAUUCACAGAUAUUUUUGUUGUAAAGAAGGGUUUUAUAUGGCCAAGUUUAACAAAAUGGCCUAUUUUUAUGCCUGGAGUCAGUGUUCAGUUAUUUGCAGUAAAGUAUAAUUUAAAAAUUGUAGGUUAAAAGUGAACGUCUUUGUAUAAGAUUUUUAAACUCUCUUGAUAGGCACACCAGAUUCAAGUUGGUGAUGAAGUGGAAUUUGCAAUUUCAGAGGUUGGUUAUGCAUGUUUCUUAACAUCUAGAGUUUUUCUUCUCUAGUGGCACAAACAUGUGUAUUUUAAAAGUGUUCCAUUCAUUUGAUAACCAUGAUAACUUGAACAAGUGCCCAAUUUAUGAACCUACUUAGAGCAUUUUGCCAUGUUUGUUAGGACAUGUCUGCUAUUAAACGUCUGCAUGCUAUCAGAGUAAGAGUUGUACCCAAAGGGACCAUUCAGAUGGAGGUGAGUUGAAACAAAGUUGCAUUUAAGAUUGCUGCCAAUACUGUAACAUACCAAGACAUGUACCCUUAAAUUUGAAUGAAUUUAAUUCAAUAUAUUCUCUUACAGAGUGUAUCAUCCCAAAUAUAUAAAGGUUAUGUUGAACGAGAGCCAUGUUAUAGCAGCCGCAGUCCCAGAAAGGACAGCAAUAGGUGAGUUAUAUUCUGUAGUACAGCUACAAUCUUGCUCUACUAAAUCAGACACAUAACCACUUGAAAACGUACCCACUUGAACUAGCUUUAACCCCUCCUUAAAAAUUCUGUCCCUUAACCACAAUGACAGUGUCUCUCCUAAUGCAUUUCCCCUCAAUUUGUUACCAAACAAAAUCAUUUUAUUGACCAGUGUGGAGUAAAUGCCACAUUCAAUGUCUCUGUCAUCUUUUCUCCUUUCUUUUCCCUUCCUUUUCCAUUAUUUGAGGUUGUCUCCCUGUUUCGUUGGCUAAAGCCAAAUAAUUUAAAUAAUAUGAGUCUUUGGCCUCAAAGUCAGUUGCUUGCAUCAAAACACUGGUGCAAAAAAGUGAUGUCAAAUUGUUUUGUAGAAACAGUUGCUGCCAUUUGAAAUCAACAGCUUUGAUUUGAGAGGGGCGACACAGUUUGGAGACAUGGUAAUAAGCUAUGACUAUUCACAAAAUUAUUGAUAGUGAUUUAGAGAAAUAUAAACGUGCAAAAACUAACUAGGUAAUGUUCUGGCCCUGGUUGUUCAAACGUUGGAUAGCACUAUCCACCAGAUAAAUCACUGUCCAGCGGAUAGCGUAAUUGAUUUCCGUAAUACUUAUCUGCUGGAUACUGAUUUAUCCGGUGGAUAGCGCUAUCCAACGUUUGUACAACUGGAGCCAGAUGUUCCGGUGACCUCAUUAUGCCAUUAGCUAAAGAAUUGGAAACUAAAUUAAUGAGAGUUCAAAGUGAGUGAAGUAGAGCUAGAUAAAGACUUACGCAUGGAUUCCAAUUCGAUUGGCUUUGUAGUGGUUUAACAGCUGUACCUAAGGAAUGCACUAAAUUAAUUUGAAUGAAAUGUUGUUUUUCUUAAUGUUUCUAAGGUGGAGUUCAAUCUGUCUCAAAGUCAAAGAACUGGUUUCAGGAAAGCUGUGAAUGUGACUGUUGUGAAGAGAAACAGUGAAGUAAGACACAAGGUAAGAUAAUAAUAUUUUAUCAACAGAGGUAAAAUGUGUCUUACUUGUAGUUACUGUAAUUUAGCUUGUUAUGUUUAUGAGAACACGUCCAUUUAUAAUCAAGUUAAUGGGUCCCAAUUUCCUGAGAGUGACCUACUCCAAUCUUGUCCAAAACAAUUAUUUUAACCAUACACCCUCAAGAAAGGUUGCGAGUUUUGAUGAAGUAAUCACCAAAGGAAAAAUGCUUUGAUCCUUCUCAAAUUCUAUCAAUUAUUGCUUUAAGGAAUAAAAUUGUGAGAUCAGUCUGGAGAAUCUGCAUAUUAUGGAUACUGGGGCUUGAAGGGUUAUAUUUUCACUGAAGAAAAACCCCAGUAUUACAUGAAUUUUCUUUUUUUCCUACCAACCAGCUACUGUAAUUUAACAGAGAAGUCAUGUUCUUUUGAUAGACCCUUCCACACGAUGAUUGUGAACAUGAUUGUGGCUAACAAAUCCUACUCAAAAGUUUUUGUUGUUAGAGUUUUGGGGCCAUGUGUUUCAUUAACAUUAACAGAGUUGAUUUGUCAAUCAUGUCAAUUAACUGCUAGACAACGUUAAUUUUUUAAGGGAUUUGUUGCUACACUAAAGGAAAACUUUGGCUUUUUGGAAACAUCAGAACAUGACAAGGAAGUGUUUUUUCACUACAGGUAUGUAUCAGAUGUGCACUAAAAAUAAAUAGAUAAUUUAAUCGAUUAAUAAAUGAAACCAAAACUACUUUGUAAAUCAAUAAAUUAAACAAUAUUUAGCAUAUCAACGUGCCUUAGAAUUAUUCUACUGUCUUGUAAGCCGUAAUUUGUUCAACAGCUGCAGUCAACCUCUAAGCAACCCCCAAAAUGCAAAUCUUUGAGGUUUUAGGGAGUGGUCUGGACACGUCCACUGUUUGGAAGAAAGUUUAUUGCAAACAAAUUAUUUCUAAUUGACAGUAAGUUAUGUGUUGUUUCAUGUUGUCACUAUAAGUUUUUUAACUGGCCAGCCGGGUCUGACUUUUGGUAACUGCCUUAAAAUAGACUCAUUAAAUAAUUCAAUAGACCCUUUCACGGUUUUUUCAACUUUUGACACGGACAAAAAUGAGUGAAAUUGCUAAGUUGAGGGUUGUCGCUAAGAUUUCAAGUUGCCGGGUAAAUACAGCAAGUAGGCGGGGAAUCAAACGGCUAGGGAUUUCUUUUGGUUCUAUUUUUGUUCUAUUUUCCAAUAAAAGUAGCCGGGGGCCACUCUCUUAGUAGCCGGGGAAAAUCUACGGCCCCCGGCUCUUAAUGACAACCCUGCUAAGUUUGAAAGUGAUAUGUCUCAAACGAGCGAAGAUAUUAUAUAGCUUUGAGAAAAUUUACCGACAUUUAAAUGGUGGGCAAGUUUGUGCCCCCCACCACACAAACGUCUGUAAAAUUUUGCGACUUUGAGAAGCUAUAUCUUUGUUAGUUUCGAACAAAUCAUCUUCAAACUUGGUAAUUUUAUUAAUUUAAUCUGCGCUCUUUACAGUGGAGUUGACAGAUUUUCACUAACUCAUCCAUGUCAAAGGCUGAAAAAAAAAAACCGUGGGAAGGUCUAAAGCUCUUGAGAAAUCUCCACAGUCAAAUUUCCACCUCCAUUACAGUGAAUAUGAUGGUGAUCCAAACGAGCUUAUACUUGGUGAUGAGAUGGAAUAUACAAUCAAAUGUAAAAAUAGCAAAGUCAGUGCAGAAAGGGUUGUUAAGCUGCCGCAGGGGACAAUUGUUCGGGAGGAUAUUCUACCAGAAGUUUACAUUGGACGAGUGCUCAGGUCUCUAAGGAGGGCUGAUCCACAGGUGAGUGAAGUGCUUUUCUAAGCCUUUUAGUGGCAUAGCCUCGGUCGUUGGAACGUUGGAUAAAUUUCUAUCCCACAGAUAAGUGUCAGGAAAACCACUUGCGCUAUCCAGUAGAUAGCAUUAUCCACCUUUCUAACAUCUGGUCCAUGAACUUCAGCUUAUGACAAAAGAAAGCUACUGAGACUUGUCUGCAUAACUGUAAACAGUAAAUAUGUGUAUUUGUUGUUCUUCGAAGGCAACAAAAAGGAAAACGUAGGCAGCUGUGUGCACUAUGUACAGAUGUAGGGCAUCAGUUUUACACAAGUUAACUUUGAACAGAAAAGACAAUUUAGGACAGACUUGACUUUAAAACUUCUUAGCAAGAAAAUGAAAUUGAAUAUGGGGCAGUGUAUGAGUACGAUGCAGUUUACCCUUGUUUUUGGGAGACCAUUUUUUACAAAUCAAGUCAAUAAAUUUGGUGACAAAUGACUCAAAUUGGGGGGUUGUGACUCAAAUUGGAAAUAGACUUAAUAGGGAUAAUGGUUUAGGAUAUAGGAAGUCGUGGAAUGUCAGACUGAAGCUCGUAGAGUUAGCAUAGCAGUCCAAUCAAAACUGAAGGCAUUCAAAUUUUUAUUAUUGAACUUGUACUGUGCAAGUCCAGUUUAUUACAUACUUGUAUAUUACUUUUGCAGCAAAUAGAGUAUGCUGGGUUGAUUGAGCGCAUCACAUGUGAAGGUCCAGACAGUGAGGAGGAGAAUGGUGUGGAAACAGAGAAGGAUGAUGAAUUGUCAUUUUCUGUUCAGUAUGGCAUCACAAGUUUAGUGGAUAAAAAGACAGUCCUGCAGCCAGGCGAUAAGGUAGGCAUAUUAAUCACAUCACCUCUAUUUAUGUGAACUUUAGUUUUGUAUUCCUGGCUGUAUAUCGUGCCAGUUCUAUUAUAGUCGAGUUCAUGUCAAAUUGAGAGGGUAAAACAUCUUUUAGACAUAAACGCUUUUUUAGACGCUAUUAAUGCACUAGUUUUUAGCAAACUCUACUACUGUUCUUCCGUUUGGUCUAAACUCUACUUCGCUGCUAGGGUCAUAACCUGUCCGUGAAAAUUUGAUCAAGUCACUUCUGUUCUUAGAGAACUAAAAUGUCUACCUGUCACAUCCAUGCUUGUCUACAGGGAUGGCAUACUAGCUUUCAAGUGCUUAAGGAGAUUGGCUCCAGCCUAUCUGGCUAAAAAAUGUAAAACGAGGUCUGAAAUUCACAACAGAGACAUGCGCGACAAGAAUAAGAUUGACUUUUCAGGGUACAGAACUGCCGCAGACCAAAGGACCUUUCAUUAUCGGCCCGUUUCACUGUGGAAAGCCUUACCUGAAAGGCUCACUAAGUUAACAAACAUUGUGACAUUCAAGAAGGCACUUACGCGUUAUUUAAAAUCGUCUAAGUAAGCAGUCUAUUUUUAAGACAGGGUUGCUUAUAUUACUUUUGUCUUUGUAACGGAGAGAAUUAGAGGCUUUGUUACUGAUAGCUUGUUAAAAUCUUGGGAAUGUGUAGUUUUAUAGUUUUAUUUUUUGUUUUAUAUUUUUAUCUAUAUUUUUUUAUUCGUGAUAUUGAUGUGAUUACGUAUCAAUUUAGCCUUCUGGGAAACUGCCUACCUACCCUUCCCCUAAGCUAACACUACCACUUACUUCUCACUUAAGGCAAAAUGAUGGCUUAGGGGAGGGGUAGGUGGGCAGUUUUCCAGAAACCCAAAUUGAUCCGUAAUUACUUUGAAAAGCCCUAUAUGGGGAAAUAAAGUUAUUAAAUAUUAAGUAGAUUGUUGUUAAUUUUGGGGGCCGUUAAACGUUUUUAUUUUGUCAAUUGCUGCCCUCAUUUCUGCUGCUGCUGCUACUGAUGUCUAGUGUUGGACUCCUGUGUGAUAAGUUAAGCUUGCUACAAACUGUCUCGGGAACAUAAAGGCUGGUUUACUCUGACACCAUGUAACAUUCUAGUAUUUGCUUGCACCGAGGGAAUUAACGAAUUAACGAUAAAGGGGUGAAAGAUAAACAGUUUGACCUCUACAAAGCAUCCUUUUCUUAAGUGGCCACCCUGUAUUAAGCAACAAGUUGACAGAACCCUGAACAAAUUCUCAGUAAAUCAUGUAAACGGAAAUGUUCACCUCUACUAAGCUGCCGUAGCCACCUUCCCGCCGUCGUAAGUUAUUUCCUAUUGUUUUAUACCUCUAUUAAAGGGGGUAUGUCACGCAAUUUGUUUCAAAAAGCUAAAACGUCUCUUUGCAUCAAUUGAAAUCUAAAAAUUGAUAUUCCUGUUUUGUCAUUUAAGACUACACUCAGGCAUUGAAACUGUUUACUGUCCACAGUUGCAAAGGAUGGCAAGGAUGGACAUGGAUUGAAACUUGAGAAAAUGUUGAAAUGCUGUUCCUGCCAAAAUCACCAAAAAAGGCUAUUACUGGCUCCGUAAUAAAAGAUGUUCCAUCAUCUUCAUAACUCUUCAGGAGAAUUUUUCUUUAUGGGUAACAAGGCACCAAGUAAUGGCUUAGCAUAAAAUUGACCAAAGAGAUCAAUAUCUUCAUGACAAAGCCCCUUUAAACAGCUAUGAAGAGUUAACUUUGGCUUUUUUAGCAAGUUGAGCACAGAAAUAACAGGUUAACUUUCUUUCCAUUUAACAUUACUUUAGGUCCGUUUUCAGCUGGGCGUGGAUAAAAUCACUGGGAAAGAGAGAGCCAUGAAAAUAGUCAGCGUACGUCAACGCGUGCGAGCACGUGUUGAGUCAGUCAAAGGCCAGGUUUGUUUUCCUUCAGCAUUACUAUUUACGAGUACAUUAUUUUGGAAAACAUGAAUUUGGUUUAUCAACUUAGUAAGGCAUUGCUAAGUGAAGUCUUCAAAACGUAGGUAAUGAAAAUAAAGUAUUACUCGCGAGAAUUUGCUUAUGUUUUGUUUUUGUUUUGCUCAGUUCGGUUUCAUUGCUUAUGAAAACGAAGAAGGAAAGAAUCUCUUCUUUCACAUGAGUGAACUGGAUGGUGAUAUGGAACUACAGGUAACCAUAUUUUGGUUUACGUAGUGUUGAUUGUAUUUUCUCUGUUCCUAUCCAUAUUCCAUGCUGUUUUAUUGAUGUUGCAGUUAGAUAUUUUAUUAUUUGGUGUAUUUCAUUAAUUACUUCAUUGUUUUAAUUGUUACAUCUAGGUUCUCGGCUUUUUGCCAUACAUCUUUUUAAGAGCUUAAACCAAUGUUAAACAAUUUUCUAAAAUCAUCCUUUUUUUCCCACUUCAGCCAGGAGACGAAGUUGAAUUUGUCGUUGUCCAGAAUCAGAAGACUCGUAAAAUGAGUGCUUGUAGCCUGAGGAAAAUGUGGUUAGUGCAAGAUAUAUAAUGGCUGUCCAUCCUUUUACUUCUGUCCCUAGUCAAACAUGGAGACACUUAAAAUGUGUCAAAUGUUUUGAGUUGAAAAAAAUUCAAGAAAAUCAUCAGUAAAGUUUAAUUGGAAGGCAAAUGGUAUCCAGGGUGCUAAAGAUUUCAUCUCCAACUCGAAAGUUAGAGCUAUGGCCAGCGCUUCAGUAAGUUGGUACCCUCGGAAAGCAGAAAAGCGUCCUUCAUUUAAGCUGCCCUCAUGGAGAACUGUCUCACCACUGGUGAAUUCAUCCGUUACCAAUUUGUUCAAACCGUUCCAGUAAGUGUUUGUUUCGUUUUUCUCGCAGCGAAUCUCAGCGGCCUGAAAGGCUCAUCCGCAGAACAUAUUCUGAAGCUACGGAUAGUCCAGGACCCAGGUAAGAAAAACACGCAAGCGCGCCAGGAAGUUUGCCUGGACUUAUCUCGUACCCAGAUCUCUUUUCGACGAAGACUUACCCAGACGUCUUAUCGGCGAGGAUGCCGACAAGAGAUCUGGGUUCGGGAUUAUGGCUGUGCAUGGUCCCUGAUGCACCUUUUUCACCAAUAAUAAAUCUUAACGUGAGACAUAACGGCUUAAGUCUUUCGAUCAACCCAGUCAAACCUUUCCAUUUUAAUGUGAAGCUUUAGCAAGUACAUCUAACGUUAGUUUUUAUGUCGUAAGCUGUUAAGUUCCUGACAUGGUUCGAACCAAUGACAACCCAGAAUACUCUUUGUCGGGCGCCCCUAACUUCCUCUAAUGAAUGCGGGAGCAACAGAUUGAUGUACGUGUUGUAAAGGACUAAAUUCCUCUUGACAAUCUGGAGAAAAGCGGGGGAAAAAACUAAAUCUGUUGACAUGAUUUAGUCACGUGACUUUCUUUGGUGCAUUGUUAUUCCAUUCUCCUAGGGGUUCUCUUUCCGCAUUUGUUUCAAAGUUGAGCAAAAUAAUGUUGUCACACUUAUUUGUAGUCUCAUUAGCGAGACCGUAAGAGAAACUGCGGAUGCCCUGUCUGUCUUAAUUUUCAACAUUUAAAAAAGUGUUGAUAGUUUCAAGUGGUUCGGGGCGUAAACGCUAACGCUAGUGGUUUGCUAGCCUUGUACUCGGAUUCUAGUUUCUUACUAGCAUACUAGUUUUAUUUUAUUUCCGUUAGGUAUUAACUUAUUAUGCAUGUAAGUUUAAAAUAUGUUUCAGUUGUUAUUUAAGUCAGUGUGAAUUAAGAUACUGAUUAAGAUACUCAAGAUACUGAUUCGAUAUUGAUUCAUUUUUGUUUCAACAGAGUGGAGGUGAUUCGCCAGCCGACAGGACCAGACGGCACGAAAGGAUUUACACAGGCACGAGUCCUCUUGUACAACUCCCGCACAUCGGACAAGCUACAAAAUGGGACAUCAACUGAGGAGGGAAGCGCAUUUGAGGACCUUGUGGCCCAAAUAUUUGAUCAGGAUUAGCAGAAAAGGAACUUAGCACGAACGUUAUAUAUCCAGAAAAGGACUUCUGUAAAAUAGAAAAUUGCAUGCGUUUGGAUCGACUUUAGUGUUUCAGCCACAAAACAAACUCGUGUCAAGCAGUUGCUAGUAUUUUAAUGGUUAGGUCUUGCUACCAGUAGAUGCAGCUUCGAAUCAGUGGAGAAAAAGACUCAUGGAUGUGGUUAACAAAAUAAUGUUAACCGUUGAAUACGUCGUAGGCUAGGUGGCGUAUCAUAUUCUAACCACUAGCUUCUACUAGAUUUCAGCAUGUCACUAGAUAGUUAAGACCCUACAUUUACUCAAUACGUUCCUUGUGUGAAAGAAUUUUUUGUACUCGAUAUGAUUGUUUUGCAUGCUUUAUGUUUAUUUCGUUUAUUUUUUUUUGAUUUUUUUUUUCAAUUCCUGCACGAAGCCACAACGAAAAUAAGUAACCAGAGACGGAACCGUGGACCCACUCUUACCUUGGACGUGCAAUUGUAAGAUUACAUUGCCGAAAGGAUAAACAAUUGAACAUGGUAUCUCAAUUAUCCACGCAUCGCAAGGUAAACUCCCUUUACCUUGUUUUGUAAAAUCACUGAAACAGAAGUAAUACAUAAAUGACGUUGUAAAUGAAAUCAUCAGUGAUAUUGCGAUUGAUUGUUUAAGGCGGUCUCAAAUGGGACAGAUUGGUUCAAUAGGAACGGUGAUGCUUUAGUAUUUUGUAAAGGUUUGCGCACGAGUGAGAAUAAGUAGAAAUUGUAUUAGGGUAGUUACUUAAU